UUUCCCAAACACGACAUAUAUAAAUAUAGACCGCUCCUGUUGCUCGACCUAACUGCAGAAGCCAUCGUCGACGCCAUCGAGGAAUCUGCGGAGAAACUUGUGGGUGACGGCCGUGAAAUUGACCACUUGCUGGAUGUUCAUCUUGUCCAAGGGGGUUUCCGUGAGCCCAGUCAAGAUCUCCGUGUUGGCUUCCAAGUUUGCCUGCAAAAACUCAAACAGCGCCUUCUCCUCGUCGCGGCAUCCGUUCUCGGCCAUGUAGUAACCAAACACGUACGUGUACUUGAGGGUGCGUCGGCACUCGAUCAAUAGCUCAAGCGCUGUCUGGACGUUGUGGAAGUCCACUACCGUCAUGUCCUGCAGCCAGGCGACUUCUGCAAUUGCGUCGUUGCGGAGCUGGAUGCAAAUCGCCUCGCUCUUCUCGUGGCGUUGCACGAGUACGGGCUGCCGCUGCCAUUGUGUGACUGCCACGCCCCCAGACAAACCCAGCAAAAAUCGUGGUCGCAUCUCUUGCACUUCAUGUGGUUGCAUCCUUGGUUCUUCUCGAUUCACACGUUGCACUUGGCGUUCGGGCAUGGCUUCGUGUUUACCACCACCCACUUUGCGUUGGCCGACUCUCCGGUGCACUUUUCUGUCCACGUACGAAGCAUUUCGCAACUGACGGCAGGAUGCGCCCCCUGGCCGCAGCGCAAGCACAAGGCGAACCCACACACACACGUAGCAAAACAUUCACCACCGUCACCUCGGAUCGCGUAACCACAGUUGGGAGCGGAGCACCAUGUCAUCGACCCAUUCUGGUCCACGAAAGACCGCAAAUGCCACUUGAUGUACUGAUCGAGACUCACCCCCUUCAAGAUCUCUCGAAACAGCGUGUCAGGCACAGCCUCCUCGCACUUGUAGGCCAUGCACGUUAUCAAGACACAGGACGGACCUUCCUCAAUCUUUGCUUGCAAGUAGCCUGUCCAGCAAUCGUCGCAGUAUCCGUGACCACAUCCCAUGAUGGCAAUACUGGUCCGAUUCACAGUGUCGCCGCAGACAGGGCAUACACGGUCUUGGUCGGCACCCAACUCCAAUUUGUCGGCAUGCUCAGCUCCGUGCGUCUGCAAGAACAUGAGCGGAGACUCCGCAGAAUAAUACCCAUCUUGCACAGCGUGUUUGCUCCAACCAUUUCGUCGAAGCAAGAUGAUGGCAACGUCUUUGGACACCUUUAGCAUGUCUGCUGUGUCGACAAUCGUUUGGGCUUGUUGGGCCACGAGCACCGCGAGAUCCACAACUUGAUACUCGUGCUGGGUGGGCUGCGAGGUCCAUUCCAUUGCGUUUUCAAUGGCAUCGUCCCCGUCCGACGUGUACGAGUACUCAUCAUCGUCUCCGCUGUCGAACUCGGACAUCGUCGGCACAAGUCCGUUAAUGCCGUG